AUGCAUGAAUCAAACAGCUGCUCAAUGAAAGGCAUAUCUAAAACUCGCAGUAUGAGCGGCCCCUCGUACUAUGGCGAGAAAGAACAAAAGCAGAAUGAGCAACAGCAAAAACAAAAAUUUAUUGUGAGCCAAAGUCCUACGCGCUCAACAUCAGAACAGGAUGCGACUUCGGCGCCGGAGGACAAUCCUAGCGAAAGUAAUGAAUUGCCUAAAGGUUUCAUCCUGUACGCAUCUUUAGUUGCGCUAGCUUUGUCGUUGUUCCUAGCAGCUUUGGAUAUCAUGAUAGUUUCUACAAUCAUUGAAGAAGUAGCUAAGCAAUUUGGAUCGUACUCUGAGAUUGGCUGGUUAUUUACUGGAUAUAGCUUGCCAAACGCUCUGUUAGCGUUGAUAUGGGGAAGGAUCGCCACACCUAUCGGGUUCAAAGAGACUAUGCUCUGCGCUAUUGUCAUUUUCGAAAUCGGUUCGCUGAUUUCUGCGCUGGCAAACUCAAUGAAUAUGCUCAUCGGCGGUAGAGUUAUUGCUGGGGUCGGCGGUUGUGGUAUCCAAAGUUUAUCGUUCGUCAUUGGCUCAACUUUGGUGGAGGAAUCGAAAAGAGGUAUGUUAAUUGCCGUCUUGAGUUGUUCGUUUGCUAUUGCAUCGGUAGUUGGGCCCUUUCUCGGAGGAGUUUUCACCUCCAGCGUCACGUGGAGAUGGUGCUUCUAUAUUAAUUUACCAAUCGGUGGCUCGGCCUUUUUCUUAUUUAUGUUGUUUUAUAACCCAGGUUUACACACAUUUCAAGAAACAAUAGAUAAUAUCCGCAAAAUUCCAUCACAACUUAUCGAAGCUGUUCGAAAGGUAAAACAUCAUUCGCUGAAAGUCAAAGAGCUUAGUAAAAGUAAUGGGUGGAGAAAGCUGGCCAUGGAAUUGGUUUUCAUGUAUGAUAUUAUUGAAUUUGUGUUUUGUUCGGCUGGAUUCACAAGUAUCCUAUUAGCUUUCACGUUUGGUGGUAACCGAUAUGCUUGGAACUCCGCAUCCAUUAUUAUUCUUUUUGUCAUCGGUAUAAUCCUGGUAAUUUCAGCAACUAUCUAUGAUUUCUUUGUAUUCCCCAAAUUCAACAUAGUGAAAGCAACACCACGUUAUCAGCCAUUGAUGUCAUGGAGAAAUAUCAAGAAACCAGGUAUUUUCACAGUUAAUAUAGCCUUAUUUCUUCUUUGCGCAGCAUAUAUCAGUCAGUUUACGUACAUUGUGCAAUAUUUCCAAUUAAUUUACAAUGAUUCCGCGUGGAGAGCAGCCGUACACUUGGUUGCUUGCAUUAUUCCUACAGUCAUUACAGCGGUACUUUGCGGGGUUCUUACCGACAAAACGCGCCAAAUUAAACCAAUUAUUGUUAUUUCAAGCAUCCUUGGCGUUAUUGGCGCAGGUAUACUAACCUUAUUAAACAAUAAUGCAGGUAACUCUGCUCAUAUCGGUCUUUUGAUAUUACCUGGCGUUGCCUUUGGCGGUUUGGCCCAAAGUUCCAUGCUCGCCUCUCAAAUCCAAUUGGACAAGAAAAGCCCAACUUUCCGCUCAGAUUUUGUUUCUAUUACCACUUUUAAUACAUUUUGCAAGAAUUUAGGACAAGCUCUGGGCGGUGUCAUCUCUAACACGGUUUUCAGUGCUGCUGCUGUCAAAAAAUUAACCAAUUCUAAUAUUGAGCUGCCGGGUGGUAACACGGUAGAUAAUCUGGUAAUAUAUAGGCAAACUGACUUCGAUGGAUCUCAUUCUAAAUUGGGCAAUAUCAUUUCUGAAUCUCUCACUCACGUCUUUUACAUGGCAUUGGGAUUUUAUGCAUUAUCUUUCAUAUUUGCUGUUUUUGCUUCAAAUAAAAAAGUCGCAGCGAAUCCUAGAUCAAUUAAAAAUGAUUUAGAAACUGGUGAAGGCGUAGGAUAUAAAGUUGCAGAGGAAACCAUGUCCCUCAGUGAUUGA